AUUUUGGGUGAUUUAUCUGAACAUUCGGCUAUGACAUCGACAUACAACUCAGUAAACUGCAACAUGCCUUGUCACUUUUGCUUAACUCCUAAAGAAGAAUUUAAUAACCCAUUAAUUGAUUACAAAUCUAUUAUUUUAUGCACACCGACAACUAUGAAACAGAUAAUCAAGCAAAGUCAAACCAAAGAAUAUUCCAUAUAUGAUAUGGAAAAUUCUUUCUGGU